AUGGCUAUGACGAACAAGUGGUUGCUAUGGCUGACGCUGUCUGCCAUCGCCGCCGCUUGGCACAGCGAGGCAAAGUCUACGGUGAACGUGUUCUCUUCCAUGUCCCAGAUGUCUGGAAAAAUAAAAGGUGUGAGUCCCAUCCACAAUGGCCAGGUUUGCAGUACAUGGGGAAACUUCCACUUCAAGACCUUUGAUGGGGACGUGUUCCAGUUGCCCACCACCUGCAACUACGUCCUGACCUCAUCAUGCAGGAGCAGCUACAGCGACUUCAACAUCCAGAUAAGAAGAGAGGAGAUUGCCGGCUAUCCCGUCAUCAAGCACAUCAUGAUGAAGCUGGAAGGUUCAGUGGUGGAGCUCUCAAACGGUUCAGUGGUCGUUGAUGGGAAAGAAGCCAGUUUACCGUUCAGUCACUCAGGAGUGUUUAUUGAAAAAACACCUACCCACAUCAAAAUCAAAGCAAAUUUGGGAUUGUUUGCCACCUGGAAUGAGGAGGACUCUUUUCUGGUGGAGCUAGACGAGAAAUACAGGAACCAAACGUGUGGUCUCUGUGGAGACUUUAAUGGGAUCCAGCUAUACAACGAGUUCUACAGUCACGGUGUAAAAAUUUCCCCUGUGGAUUUUGCCAACUUCUGGAAAAUGGACGGUCCAACUGAGAGCUGCUCCGACUACACACAGGAACCAAUAAAGAGCUGCAAGGACAUGAAACCUCUGUGUGAGCAGAUCCUCACAGGGCCGGCCUUCAACAGCUGUCACAGUCUGCUGGACGUUGACGCCUUCACCUCUGCCUGCACCACUGACCUCUGCCAAUGCGGCAACGGCACAGAUGAACGCGCAGACCCUUUCUGCCUGUGUAACACCGUGUCAGAGUUCUCCAGACAGUGCGUCCAUGCUGGUGGCAAGCCCAACAACUGGAGGGCCAAAGAGCUCUGCUGGAAGUCAUGUCCUCUCAAUAUGGAGUACAAGGAGUGUGGCAGUCCCUGUGCUGAUACCUGCUCCAACCCAGAGGCCAGCCACACCUGUGACAACCACUGUGUCGAUGGAUGCUUCUGCCCUGCAGGAAUGGUGCUGGAUGACUUAAACAAAAAAGGUUGUGUUCAACUGAGCAAGUGCUCCUGCAGCUACAACAACAAGAUCUACGGACCUGGAGAGUCCUACUCCAGUAACUGCAAAAAAUGUGGUUGUGCGAGUGGUGAGUGGACGUGUAAGGAGGAGAACUGCCCAGGAACCUGCUCUGUGGAGGGCGGAGCUCACGUUAACACCUUUGAUGGAAAAGUCUACACCUUCCAUGGGGACUGCUCCUACACUCUGGCUAAGGACUGCAAUGGAACCCAGUUUGUGGUACAGGGAGAACUGGCACAGUGCGGACUGACUGACAGUGAAACCUGCCUCAAGUCUGUUACUCUAGGACUGUCCGGAGCGACAAAUGUGAUCACCAUCCAGCCCAGUGGCAAGGUCUUUAUGAACGGCAUCUACGCUCAGUUACCAUUUUCUGCUGUCGGGAUCUCGGCCUUCAGAGCAUCUUCUUUCUACCUGCUGAUCCAGACUUCUGUGGGCAUUCUACUGGAAGUGCAGCUCCAGCCAAUCAUGCAACUCUACAUCAGAGUGGGCAGUGACUACAGUGACAAGACCUGUGGUCUGUGUGGGAACUUCAACAAUAACCAAGCUGACGACUUCCUGAAGCUCAGUGGUGUUCCAGAAUCCACAGCAGCUGGAUUUGUCAACAGCUGGAAAACACAUGGCAGUUGUAAAGAUAUUAAGAGGAGCUUUGACAACCCCUGCAGUCUUAGUCUGGAAAAUGAGAAGUACGCUGUGCACUGGUGCUCCAUGCUGAGUGAUCCUCAGGGAGUGUUUUCCCCAUGCCACCAAGAAAUCAGUCCUGACUCUUACAAAGAGAACUGCAUGUAUGACAGCUGUAACUGUGAGAAAAGCGAGGAGUGCAUGUGUGCUGCAGUCUCUUCUUAUGUGCAUGCCUGUGCAUCUGCAGGGAUCCAGAUCAAUGGCUGGAGGAAGAUCAUCUGUGGGAAAUACGCCAUCUCCUGCCCGAGCAGCAUGGUCUACUCCUACAACAUAACGGCCAGCAGUCGCACCUGCCGCUGCCUCAGCACCACAGAUCUCAGCUGCCACAUCUCCUUCCCCCCCAUUGACGGCUGUAUCUGUGCAGAGGGAACCUACCUGGAUGACUCUGGGAAAUGUGUCCCAUCUAAGGCCUGUCCCUGUUACGACCAAGGCUCGGUGGUGUCUCCUGGAGAGGUGGUCAGCAAGGAUGGAGUCAUGUGCACCUGUAAGAAGGGCAAACUCAGCUGCAUUGGAGAAAUACAAUCAGGAAACUGUGCUCCUCCAAUGGUGUUCUUCAACUGCUCUGCUAAUGGUCCCGCUGCAAAAGGAACUGAGUGUGAGAUGAGCUGCAACACAUUAGACAUGGCCUGUAUGACCACAGGGUGUGUCUCUGGCUGCAUGUGUCCACCUGGGUUGGUAUCUGAUGGUAAAGGACGCUGCAUCAAGCCAGAGGCCUGUCUCUGUGAUCACAAUGGGAUCUCCUACCAGCCUGGAGAGACCACCAGGGUGGACUGCAACACCUGCACUUGUAAAGACAGAAAGUGGAUCUGUACAACCGAUCAGUGUGAUGGGACUUGCUCUGUGUAUGGUGCUGGACACUACAUGACCUUUGAUCAGAAGCGCUUCAUCUUUGAUGGCAACUGUGAAUACGUUCUCACUCAGGACUACUGUGGCAGCGCUCAGAGUAAUGGAACUUUCAGAGUGAUCACUGAGAAUGUUCCGUGUGGAACCACAGGAACCACCUGCUCUAAGACCAUCAAGAUCUUUCUGGAGAGUGCAGAACUGAUUCUAACAGAAGGAAACUACAGGUUGCUUUCAAGUGGAAAAGAAGAGGCCACUCCAUUCCGUUAUAGCACUAUGGGUAACUACCUCGUAAUUGAAGCCAACAAUGGACUCAUUCUCAUGUGGGACAGAAAAACCACCUUGUUCAUCAAGCUCAGCCCAAAAUAUAAGGGUCGGGUGUGUGGGCUUUGUGGCAGCUAUGACAACAAUGCAAAUAACGACUUCACUACAAGGUGCCAUGCAAUGGUUGUCAGCCCACUGGUGUUUGGCAACAGCUGGAAGGAUUUACCAAGCUGCCCCGAUGCUCCGAGCAUUAACAGCCCCUGCACAGACAACCCAUACAGACAGUCGUGGGCCAAGAAACAGUGCAGCAUCAUAGAGAGUGACGUCUUCUCCACCUGCCACUCUAUUGUGGAUCCUACACCAUACUAUGAAGCAUGUGUGUUCGACUCAUGUGCUUGUGACACUGGUGGAGACUGCGAGUGUUUCUGCACUGCUGUGGCUGCUUAUGCUGAAUCGUGUAAUCAAGCUGGUGUCUGUCUACGAUGGAGAACCCCUAAAAUCUGCCCUCUCUUCUGUGAUUACUACAAUCCCCCUGGUGAAUGUGAAUGGCACUACAUGCCUUGUGGAUCUCCUUGUAUGAAAACCUGCCGGAACCCUUCAGGCAGCUGCUCCACACAGAUACCUCCUCUUGAAGGUUGCUAUCCCAAGUGUCCCACUGCUCAGUCAUACUUUGAUGAGGAUACAAUGACAUGUGUCGUAAAGGAACAAUGUGGCUGCUAUGAUAAAGAGGGGAAACACUAUGAUAACGGUGACAAAGUUCCAACAACCAAAAACUGUUAUACAUGUACAUGCAGGUCAAUGACCAUCAAAUGUCGUUACGAUACUGAAGCCUGUAGUUGCACAUAUCAUGGAAACAAAUAUCCCUCUGGCAGAACAAUCUAUAACACAACAGAUGGACAUGGUAACUGCAUGACAGCAGUAUGUGGUACAAAUGGCACCAUUGACAAGGAGUCUUACCCAUGCCCAGUACCAGCCAUAACUACACAAUUGCCCACUGUGACUUCAACUACAACUAGCCAGUCGCCAACCACGUUUGUUUUUACAUCAACCACACCAGUUACAGUCACUUGUAAUCCUUGUGUAUGGUCGCCAUGGUAUGAUUCCAGCUUCCCCACACUGGGAACUCCAGGAGGAGACGACGAAACUUAUGAAAAGAUUAGACGGGCUGGAAACAAGAUAUGUGAUAAGCCAAGUCAAAUCGAAUGCAGAGCUGAAAAAUUUCCUAAUGUCACAAUUGACAAUGUGGGACAGAUUGUGGAAUGUAAUAUAGCUAAGGGGCUGAUGUGCAGAAAUGAAAACCAGUCUGGGCCAUUGGCCCUGUGCUUUAACUACCAAGUCAGAGUUCUGUGUUGUGAAUAUAGUGUAUGUCCAACAAAGCCUGCUCCACAUCCAACCUCAACCGCAAAUCCCACAACAAAACAUGUUACAGGAGCACCUUGUCAGGAAACAUGCUUCUGGUCAAAAUGGAUAAACUCGGACUAUCCUGAUCAUGGUCCUCAGGGUGGGGACAAUGAAACCAUCAAGCACAUCAUCCAGAAGGGCUACAACAUCUGUGAGAAUCCAGUGGCAGUGGAGUGUCGGGUAUUUCACUAUGAAUCAAUGCCCCUUGAGCAAUUAGGGCAAAAUGUAACUUGCAAUAACAAAGUAGGACUCCUGUGUAAGAACAGCUUACAGUAUCCCCCCAUAUGUUUAAAUUAUGAAAUAAAAGUAAAAUGUUGCAAGACAGUACAAUGCGACACAACGCUGAAUCCAACAAGUACUACUUUCCAAACCUUACAAACUCUAGCAUCAACUACCACAACUAAAAUGCCCCUAAAGACAACUAAAAAAACUACAACUCAUCCACCUAUAACUAAUACUUUAAGAACAACAUCUACAACCAAAACUGAAACCACAACAACCGAGAAACCUACAACCUCUACUACAUCCACCCCUACUACUACAACUGAAACCACAACUCAGCCAAAAACAACUACUACUACGACCACCACCCCUACAACUACAACUGAAACCACAACUCAGCCAAAAACAACUACUACUACGACCACCAACCCUACUACUACAACUGAAACAACAACUCAGCCAAAAACAAGACCAUGCCCUGGGGGACAUGAUAUGAAAUGUGUUUGGUCAAAGUGGAUCAAUCUUGGUGAGCCCACACCAGGCCCUAGUGGUGGGGAUGAUGAAUCCAUCCAGAAAGUAAUCUCUGCUGGUUAUCACAUUUGCUCAGCUCCAGAAGAAGUCCAGUGCAGAGCCAUUAUUUACCCACAUCUUGCCAUCUCCAAUGUGGGACAGGCUGUGACUUGCAAUAAGAAUGUGGGUCUUAUAUGCAACAACAAACAACAAGGACUUCAGCAAGAGUGUUUUGAUUAUGAGAUUAAAUUCAAAUGUUGUGAGUGUCCAACAUCUUCUACUGCCAAACCAAGUACUAUACCUGCUACUACUUCAACCACAACACCUACUACCACAACUGCGACAACAACUCACUCACCAACAACUACUACUACAACCACAACCCCUACUACCACCACUGAAACGACAACAACAACUCAGCCACCAACAACUACUUCAACCACCACAGAAACAACUACCACCACCCUGGCACCUACAUGUCCAACAUCUUCUACUGUCAAACCAAGUACUGUACCUGCUACUACUUCAACCACAACACCUACUACCACAACUGCGACAACAACUCACUCACCAACCACUACUACUACAACCACAACCCCUACUACCACCACUGAAACGACAACAACAACUCAGCCACCAACAACUACUUCAACCACCACAGAAACAACUACCACCACCCAGGCACCUACAUGUCCAACAUCUUCUACUGUCAAACCAAGUACUAUACCUGCUACUACUUCAACCACAACACCUACUACCACAACUGCGACAACAACUCACUCACCAACAACUACUACUACAACCACAACCCCUACUACCACUACUGAAACGACAACAACGACAACACAGCCACCAACAACUACUUCAACCACCACAGAAACAACUACCACCACCCCGGCACCUACAGCUGGACCAUGCCCUGGGGGACAUGAUAUGAAAUGUGUUUGGUCAAAGUGGAUCAAUCUUGGUGAGCCCACACCAGGCCCUAGUGGUGGGGAUGAUGAAUCCAUCCAGAAAGUAAUCUCUGCUGGUUAUCACAUUUGCUCAACUCCAGAAGAAGUCCAGUGCAGAGCCAUUAUUUACCCACAUCUUGCCAUCUCCAAUGUGGGACAGGCUGUGACUUGCAAUAAGAAUGUGGGUCUUAUAUGCACCAACAAACAACAAGGACUUCAGCAAGAGUGUUUUGAUUAUGAGAUUAAAUUCAAAUGUUGUGAGUGUCCAACAUCUUCUACUGUCAAACCAAGUACUAUACCUGCUACUACUUUAACGACAACACCUACUACCACAACUACGACAACAACUCACUCACCAACAACAACUACUUCAACCACUACAGCAUCUUCUACUGUCAAACCAAGUACUAUACCUGCUACUACUUCAACCACAACACCUACUACCACAACUGCGACAACAACUCACUCACCAACAAUUACUACUACAACCACAACCCCUACUACCACCACUGAAACGACAACAACAACUCAGCCACCAACAACUACUUCAACCACCACAGAAACAACUACCACCACCCAGGCACCUACAUGUCCAACAUCUUCUACUGUCAAACCAAGUACUGUACCUGCUACUACUUCAACCACAACACCUACUACCACAACUGCGACAACAACUCACUCACCAACCACUACUACUACAACCACAACCCCUACUACCACCACUGAAACGACAACAACAACUCAGCCACCAACAACUACUUCAACCACCACAGAAACAACUACCACCACCCAGGCACCUACAGCUGGACCAUGCCCUGGGGGACAUGAUAUGAAAUGUGUAUGGUCAAAGUGGAUCAAUCUUGGUGAGCCCACACCAGGCCCUAGUGGUGGGGAUGAUGAAUCCAUCCAGAAAGUAAUCUCUGCUGGUUAUCACAUUUGCUCAGCUCCAGAAGAAGUCCAGUGCAGAGCCAUUAUUUACCCACAUCUUGCCAUCUCCAAUGUGGGACAGGCUGUGACUUGCAAUAAGAAUGUGGGUCUUAUAUGCACCAACAAACAACAAGGACUUCAGCAAGAGUGUUUUGAUUAUGAGAUUAAAUUCAAAUGUUGUGAGUGUCCAACAUCUUCUACUGUCAAACCAAGUACUAUACCUGCUACUACUUCAACCACAACACCUACUACCACAACUGCGACAACAACUCACUCACCAACAACUACUACUACGACCACAACCCAUACUACCACUACUGAAACGACAACAACAACACAGCCACCAACAACUACUUCAACCACCACAGAAACAACUACCACCACCCUGGCACCUACAUGUCCAACAUCUUCUACUGUCAAACCAAGUACUAUACCUGCUACUACUUCAACCACAACACCUACUACCACAACUGCGACAACAACUCACUCACCAACAACUACUACUACAACCACAACCCCUACUACCACCACUGAAACGACAACAACAACUCAGCCACCAACAACUACUUCAACCACCACAGAAACAACUACCACCACCCAGGCACCUACAGCUGGACCAUGCCCUGGGGGACAUGAUAUGAAAUGUGUUUGGUCAAAGUGGAUCAAUCUUGGUGAGCCCACACCAGGCCCUAGUGGUGGGGAUGAUGAAUCCAUCCAGAAAGUAAUCUCUGCUGGUUAUCACAUUUGCUCAGCUCCAGAAGAAGUCCAGUGCAGAGCCAUUAUCUACCCACAUCUCGACAUCUCCAAUAUAGGACAGGCUGUGACUUGCAAUAAGAAUGUGGGUCUUAUAUGCAAUAACAAACAACAAGGACUUCAGCAAGAGUGUUUUGAUUAUGAGAUUAAAUUCAAAUGUUGUGAGUGUCCAACAUCUUCUACUGUCAAACCAAGUACUAUACCUGCUACUACUUCAACCACAACACCUACUACCACAACUGCGACAACAACUCACUCACCAACAAUUACUACUACAACCACAACCCCUACUACCACUACUGAAACGAAAACAACAACAACAACACAGCCACCAACAACUACUUCAACCACCACAGAAACAACUACCACCACCCCGUGUCCAACAUCUUCUACUGUCAAACCAAGUACUAUACCUGCUACUACUUCAACCACAACACCUACUACCACAACUGCGACAACAACUCACUCACCAACAACUACUACUACAACCACAACCCCUACUACCACUACUGAAACGACAACAACAACAACACAGCCACCAACAACUACUUCAACCACCACAGAAACAACUACCACCACCCCGGCACCUACAGCUGGACCAUGCCCUGGGGGACAUGAUAUGAAAUGUGUUUGGUCAAAGUGGAUCAAUCUUGGUGAGCCCACACCAGGCCCUAGUGGUGGGGAUGAUGAAUCCAUCCAGAAAGUAAUCUCUGCUGGUUAUCACAUUUGCUCAGCUCCAGAAGAAGUCCAGUGCAGAGCCAUUAUUUACCCACAUCUUGCCAUCUCUAAUGUGGGACAGGCUGUGACUUGCAAUAAGAAUGUGGGUCUUAUAUGCACCAACAAACAACAAGGACUUCAGCAAGAGUGUUUUGAUUAUGAGAUUAAAUUCAAAUGUUGUGAGUGUCCAACAUCUUCUACUGUCAAACCAAGUACUAUACCUGCUACUACUUUAACGACAACACCUACUACCACAACUGCGACAACAACUCACUCACCAACAACUACUACUACAACCACAACCCCUACUACCACUACUGAAACGACAACAACAACAACACAGCCACCAACAACUACUUCAACCACCACAGAAACAACUACCACCACCCCGGCACCUACAGCUGGACCAUGCCCUGGGGGACAUGAUAUGAAAUGUGUUUGGUCAAAGUGGAUCAAUCUUGGUGAGCCCACACCAGGCCCUAGUGGUGGGGAUGAUGAAUCCAUCCAGAAAGUAAUCUCUGCUGGUUAUCACAUUUGCUCAGCUCCAGAAGAAGUCCAGUGCAGAGCCAUUAUUUACCCACAUCUUGCCAUCUCCAAUGUGGGACAGGCUGUGACUUGCAAUAAGAAUGUGGGUCUUAUAUGCACCAACAAACAACAAGGACUUCAGCAAGAGUGUUUUGAUUAUGAGAUUAAAUUCAAAUGUUGUGAGUGUCCAACAUCUUCUACUGUCAAACCAAGUACUAUACCUGCUACUACUUUAACGACAACACCUACUACCACAACUACGACAACAACUCACUCACCAACAACAACUACUUCAACCACUACAGAAACAACUACCACCAUCCCGGCACCUACAACUGGACCAUGCCCUGGGGGACAUGAUAUGAAAUGUGGUUGGUCAAAGUGGAUCAAUCUUGGUGAGCCAACACCAGGCCCUAGUGGUGGGGAUGAUGAAUCCAUCCAGAAAGUAAUCUCUGCUGGUUAUCACAUUUGCUCAGCUCCAGAAGAAGUCCAGUGCAGAGCCAUUAUUUACCCACAUCUUGCCAUCUCCAAUGUGGGACAGGCUGUGACUUGCAAUAAGAAUGUGGGUCUUAUAUGCAACAACAAACAACAAGGACUUCAGCAAGAGUGUUUUGAUUAUGAGAUUAAAUUCAAAUGUUGUGAGUGUCCAACAUCUUCUACUGUCAAACCAAGUACUAUACCUGCUACUACUUCAACCACAACACCUACUACCACAACUGCGACAACAACUCACUCACCAACAACCACUACUACAACCACAACCCCUACUACCACCACUGAAACGACAACAACAACUCAGCCACCAACAACUACUUCAACCACCACAGAAACAACUACCACCAAACCAAGUACUAUACCUGCUACUACUUCAACCACAACACCUACUACCACAACUGCGACAACAACUCACUCACCAACAACCACUACUACAACCACAACCCCUACUACCACCACUGAAACGACAACAACAACUCAGCCACCAACAACUACUUCAACCACCACAGAAACAACUACCACCACCCAGGCACCUACAACCACAACACCUACUACCACAACUGCGACAACAACUCACUCACCAACAAUUACUACUACAACCACAACCCCUACUACCACUACUGAAACGACAACAACAACAACACAGCCACCAACAACUACUUCAACCACCACAGAAACAACUACCACCACCCCGGCACCUACAGCUGGACCAUGCCCUGGGGGACAUGAUAUGAAAUGUGUUUGGUCAAAGUGGAUCAAUCUUGGUGAGCCCACACCAGGCCCUAGUGGUGGGGAUGAUGAAUCCAUCCAGAAAGUAAUCUCUGCUGGUUAUCACAUUUGCUCAGCUCCAGAAGAAGUCCAGUGCAGAGCCAUUAUCUACCCACAUCUCGACAUCUCCAAUAUAGGACAGGCUGUGACUUGCAAUAAGAAUGUGGGUCUUAUAUGCAAUAACAAACAACAAGGACUUCAGCAAGAGUGUUUUGAUUAUGAGAUUAAAUUCAAAUGUUGUGAGUGUCCAACAUCUUCUACUGUCAAACCAAGUACUAUACCUGCUACUACUUCAACCACAACACCUACUACCACAACUGCGACAACAACUCACUCACCAACAAUUACUACUACAACCACAACCCCUACUACCACUACUGAAACGACAACAACAACAACACAGCCACCAACAACUACUUCAACCACCACAGAAACAACUACCACCACCCCGGCACCUACAUGUCCAACAUCUUCUACUGUCAAACCAAGUACUAUACCUGCUACUACUUCAACCACAACACCUACUACCACAACUGCGACAACAACUCACUCACCAACAACUACUACUACAACCACAACCCCUACUACCACCACUGAAACGACAACAACAACUCAGCCACCAACAACUACUUCAACCACCACAGAAACAACUACCACCACCCAGGCACCUACAGCUGGACCAUGCCCUGGGGGACAUGAUAUGAAAUGUGUUUGGUCAAAGUGGAUCAAUCUUGGUGAGCCCACACCAGGCCCUAGUGGUGGGGAUGAUGAAUCCAUCCAGAAAGUAAUCUCUGCUGGUUAUCACAUUUGCUCAGCUCCAGAAGAAGUCCAGUGCAGAGCCAUUAUCUACCCACAUCUCGACAUCUCCAAUAUAGGACAGGCUGUGACUUGCAAUAAGAAUGUGGGUCUUAUAUGCAAUAACAAACAACAAGGACUUCAGCAAGAGUGUUUUGAUUAUGAGAUUAAAUUCAAAUGUUGUGAGUGUCCAACAUCUUCUACUGUCAAACCAAGUACUAUACCUGCUACUACUUCAACCACAACACCUACUACCACAACUGCGACAACAACUCACUCACCAACAACUACUACUACAACCACAACCCCUACUACCACCACUGAAACGACAACAACAACUCAGCCACCAACAACUACUUCAACCACCACAGAAACAACUACCACCACCCAGGCACCUACAUGUCCAACAUCUUCUACUGUCAAACCAAGUACUAUACCUGCUACUACUUCAACCACAACACCUACUACCACAACUGCGACAACAACUCACUCACCAACAACUACUACUACAACCACAACCCCUACUACCACUACUGAAACGACAACAACAACAACACAGCCACCAACAACUACUUCAACCACCACAGAAACAACUACCACCACCCCGGCACCUACAGCUGGACCAUGCCCUGGGGGACAUGAUAUGAAAUGUGGUUGGUCAAAGUGGAUCAAUCUUGGUGAGCCCACACCAGGCCCUAGUGGUGGGGAUGAUGAAUCCAUCCAGAAAGUAAUCUCUGCUGGUUAUCACAUUUGCUCAGCUCCAGAAGAUGUCCAGUGCAGAGCCAUUAUUUACCCACAUCUUGCCAUCUCCAAUGUGGGACAGGCUGUGACUUGCAAUAAGAAUGUGGGUCUUAUAUGCAAUAACAAACAACAAGGACUUCAGCAAGAGUGUUUUGAUUAUGAGAUUAAAUUUAAAUGUUGUGAGUGUCCAACAUCUUCUACUGUCAAACCAAGUACUAUACCUGCUACUACUUCAACCACAACACCUACUACCACAACUCCACCAACAACUACUUCAACCACAACAGAAACAACUACCACCACCCAGGCACCUACAACAGGACCUACUUCACAAAUAUCUACCCCAAUUGCGUUGACAGGAAGAACUCAACCAGUUACACUACCAGUUACACUGCCAUUGAUUUGCCAUUGCUUUCAUAAUGGUAAAAAGUUCAGCAGUGGUUCCAUAGUUUACAAUGAGACGGACCAUGAUGGCUACUGUUACCUGGGGUACUGCGAUGAGAACUGUCAUGUAGUGCAGAAACAUUACAAGUGUGAUCCAUCACCGAAUUGCAAUGACGAAACUCCGCCAAGACAGAAUGGCGAAACUUGGAACGGCAAGAACUGUAGUGUGGGAAUAUGUAAUAAUGGCUCUGUGACCUAUCAACACAUACAAUGUCCAACUCCGGAGCCUCUAGUAUGUGCAAAUACCUUCCCUGCUAUCAAAGUGAAGGAUGAUGAUGAAUGUUGCCCCCACUACGAAUGCCAAUGUAUGUGCUAUGGUUGGGGAGACCCCCAUUAUGUCACCUUCGAUGGAACAUACUAUGCUUUUCAAGGCAACUGCUCCUACUGGCUGGUGAAAGAGAUCCUGCCUAAAUACAACUUCAGCGUUAUGAUCGAUAACGUCUACUGCGAUUCACUUGAUGGCUUGUCCUGUCCUCAAUCCAUCACUGUCUUCUACAAAAGCUUCAAGAUCUUUAUUACACAGAAAGAUAUUAAGGGCAUUUUCACAAACCAGAUAUCUGUGAAUGACAAGCCUGUAAGUCCUGCAUAUCAGAAUGAUGACUUCCGCGUAGCCACCACCGGUAUUGAUACGGUGCUCAUCAUCCCGAAAAUUCAUGCCAAGGUCACCUUCUCAGGCCUCAUAUUCAGCAUCUCCCUGCCCUACAGUGAAUUUGGUGGCAACACUCAAGGACAAUGUGGCACAUGUGACAACAACAGGACAGAUGACUGCAUGUUGCCCAGUGGGAAAAUCGAUCCUUCGUGUCCUCAUAUGGCGCACAAGUGGCACAGUAACAACAGUCACUGUGCACCUCCAGUUCAGCCCCUACCCACACCAACGCCAAUUACCUGUAAUACCACCAUCUGUGAGAUAAUCAAGAGCAGUGUGUUUGAAGCUUGCCACAAGAUCCUUGACUACAGGCCAUUUGUUGAGGGCUGUGAAUUUGAUGUUUGCCACAUGCACAUUCAUCACAUUGGUUGCAGUAGCUUAAAAGCCUACGCUGAAGCCUGUGCCGAUGCUGGACUAUGUAUCGACUGGAGGAGGGCCACGAAAGGACUCUGUGAAUAUAAAUGUCCAAGUCCCAAAGUGUAUAAGGCAUGCAGCCCUCUGAUAGAGCCUACCUGUGAUUCCUGGUACAACCAGAAAUUCAUAGAUACUGCCGAUGUGUUCAGUGCCAUGACAGACGUGAAGCUGGAGGGUUGUUACUGCUCAAAUGGCAGCAUACUCCUCUCUUCCAACUCUAAUGAAUGUGUGCCAGACUGUGAAAUUUGUCGGCUGCCAAAUAAAAAAUGGGUGAAGGCCAAUGCAACAUGGAUAGAAGGCUGUGAGGAGUGUAUAUGUGAGGAGGACACCAUGCAGGUCACCUGCCGAAAUGUGUCCUGUCCAACCCAGCCACCACUCACCUGUGACCAAGAAGGUCAGGUCAAGGUCAAGGUCACUGACACUACCGGCUGCUGUCAGAAGGAGAAAUGUGAGUGUGAUGUGAGGCUCUGCCCUGAUUCUGUGCCGUCAUGUCCUGCUGGUCACAUUCUCGAAACCGUUAAGGGAGUCUGCUGUGUCCAAUACUCCUGCAGGAUUAAACCUAAUGUGUGUGUUGUCAACAACCAAGAAUAUGAGGUUGGAGAACCAGUGCUCAUGAACCCAUGUGAUAACUGCACCUGUAGUGACCAGAUAGACCCCAGCAGCCGUCUGCACUUGAUAAAAUGUCAGCCUCUACCAUGUGACAAACACUGCCCUCUGGGUUAUGAGUACCAGAGCGUCCCUGGCCGGUGCUGUGGAAAGUGUGUCCAAACAGGCUGCAUUGUGACGCUGUCGAACAAUGAAACACACACCUUAAAGCCUGGAACCACUUGGAUCCCCGAUGAGAACCCCUGUGUGAAGUUUGAGUGUGUAAAGAUCGGUAAUCAGUUCAUCACCGUUGAGGCCAGGACUGUGUGUCCUUCCUACGAUCCCAAUGAAUGCAUACCGGGAACAGAGACCAUAGCUUCAGAUGGAUGCUGUCAUGUCUGUGUGAAGAAGGUUCGUCCAUGCAACGUGUCCACCACUGCUGUGCGGCUGGAGAGCAAGGGCUGUCAGUCCAAACACAUGGUGAAUGUCACAUCGUGCAGUGGAGCGUGUGGUACCUCCAGCUUCUACUCCACCAAAAUGAGAUCCUUGCAACACAUGUGUUCCUGCUGCCAGGAGUUGGCUACGUCUGAGAGGCAGGUCCAGCUCUUCUGCCGUGACAAAUCUGAGGUCACCUACACCUACAUCCACAUUGACACCUGUGGGUGCCUCCAGACAGACUGCUCUGUGCUAGGCCGCAGUGAAAUGAUGAACACUCCCUCCAGCACCAAGUCCCGUCGACGCAGGAGAUGAGGCAAAUAUGAGGACUCAGCCCCUUGUAGUGCUCAUGAAUACGUAGGAGCGUAAAUGAACAAUCAGCUUUAUCUGCAUACCUGAUUUAUCUAUUUAUGUUUUAUGCAUUAGCGUACUAAGCUUAUGUUUGACAAAAUUGUAAACGUACACAAUUUUCAUUAAUAAAGAUCAUACUGUAGCUGCAGGCUAAUCAAACCUGGUUUCUUACUGAAUGUACAGUGUGUGUGAGUCUGUACAUGUGAGUAUGUAACUAUUUAAAUGUCACUAUUAGUCAUGCAUUUCCUCUCAGGCUGUGUAACAACUAGCUGCCACAAAUUCAAUUGUAUCUCUGUUUACUGUGGAUUUCAUUACUGUUCUAAAUGAAAGUGAAUUAAACACACUAUAAUGGCA